UCAUUGCUCUUGAUUUCCUGUCAUUCAUUUUGGAAAUCUUGUAUUGUAGAACCUUUAUGAUCUUGUUGUUGCAGAGUUAAAAAUGGCUGCGAGAAUCAAACAAGGUGAUGCAAAACAACUGCUAAGAAGUUCCUACAACUUUCUUCUCAAGUGCACUUACCGUGUUCUGUCAGUCGGUCCAAUCCCGAAACACAUCGCCUUCAUCAUGGACGGGAAUCGAAGGUACGCAAAGAGGAACAACAUCGAACCAGAGGACAGUCAUAGACCAGGAUUCAUAGCCCUAAUGUCUGUUAUCAAGCAUUGCUAUGAACUUGGUGUAAGAUACAUCACAAUCUACGCCUUCAGUCUAGACAAUUUCAGGAGAAAACCUGAAGAAAUUGUGAGGUUGAUGAAUUGGAUGCGAGAAAAAAUCGAAACAUUUCUGGAAGAUGAUAGUUUCAUCAACAAGUAUGGUGUUCGAUUAUACUUUGUAGGGAACUUGGCACGGUUAAGUGAAGACCUGCAAGCUGCAGCAAAUAAAGCAAUGGAAGCAACAGCAAAGAAUACAACAACGUUUCUGCUAGUAUGUGUUGCUUAUACUUCAACAGAUGAGAUUGUUCAUGCUAUUGAAGAAUCUCUUCCUCACCAUGGAAAGAAUAGGAAACAAGAAAACACCUUUGAUGAUUUUAGUAUCGAGUUGGCGGAAUUAGAGAAACAAAUGUACAUGUCAGUAGGACCGAGGCCGGAUAUUUUGAUCCGGAGUUCAGGGGAGACGAGACUCAGUAACUUCCUUCUUUGGCAGACUGAUAGAUGCCUGUUGUAUAACCCUUCUGCCUUAUGGCCAGAGCUUGGGUUGUGGAAUUUGGUUUGGGCAGUUAUCAACUUCCAAAGGCAUUAUUUCUACUUGCAGAAACAGCAAAAGUUGAUGUAAUGUUCAUGUUCAUGAUCUUGUUCUAUGUGUUUGUAUCUGAGUAUUCUGCUCUGCUAAAAUCGAAUACUUUUCUGUUAUCGACCAAGAAAUGAGAUGCUCAUGCUCAAUCAUGGGUCAUUAUCAACAAAUUGAAAUGUCUGUAAUUCACACUAUACUUGAUAUAACUUCUUAGACUCUGGCAACCCAUUCAGAAAACUAGUUAGUCAACUUCCAAAACACCAUUCUAUUUGCAGAAAAAAGUCGCCGUAAUGUUCAUGCUAAUGAUCUUUUUUUUU